UUACGGCCGCCAUUUCGGCGUCACUAUCGCAUCGCUGGAUUGAUUGAAACGCCCUCAUUGAGAAAAUUUAGAAGCUCAAUCGCAAAACCCAGGUACACAAUUUUUGGUGGAUUACGUUCAAUAAUUUGCGGUACAGUUAAACUAUUUACGCGUGUAGUGGUUUAUUUCAGAACCAUGGACUCGCUCUACGCGAAAACGUGACUAGUGUUGUAAUAUUGUGUGAAAAUCAGAAGAUAUGGUGAUCGUUACGAAGUGACACGCCAGCGCCUCCUGUGCUAUCCUACUAAUAGUUUUCUUGUGGCGGUAAUUUCUAGUAAUCAACUUUUGUUAUUAUCUAUUUUGUACCAAUAAAACUUAUUAAUCGUGGCACCUGGCCGAUUCCCGUUUUGAGGAAAUCUGAAAGAGCAUAAUAAGAUGGCGGACAAGUCAUUGUGAAUUUGGUGAAGUGAAAAAAAAUGUAUAUACCUAUUUUGGAAGUAAAUCUUGCAUUUAUCGCAUUUGCAUAAGUGAUGCCACCGCCUAUGACUAAGGGGAAGGAGAAAUCUCUGUUGGAUACAAUCAUGGAUCAGGAUUCGGGAGUGCUAGCACUGAACACGGAGGAGGAGUCGGAGCCGACGGGUGUGACGUACUUCGUGGAUGAGGAGGGUCGUUACUACUACCAGUCGACGGUAGAGGCGCAGAACAUCGUCUCGCUGCAGAACGAGGUUUCCGGGGACACUGAGACAUUGUUUCAACAGGCGAUGGACGAGGACCCUAACAUGCUAGUGGACCCUACCAGUGAGGCGUUCCAAACGAUGACGCUGGUGCCUUCGGAGUCAGCCGUCGGCGAGGUCAGCUAUGUGCUGGUAGUGCAAGAGGAGAGUAAGCCGAUCGUCAACCUCGAUAUCAAAAUGGACCAGGACGCUGAUAAGGGCAAUGACGACGUGUACAACUUUGAGGACGAGGAGGCGCCCGCCGAGGAGGAGGAGGACGAGGACGAUACGGAGGGCAAGAUCAAGCUGCCCUCCGUCAGCAACAAGAGGCUCAAGUCGAUGCGCCCGCUCUUCCCAUGCAACUUCUGCACAUACACCAGCCAUAGACGCUACCUACUCCUGCGCCACAUGAAAUCCCACUCGGAGGACCGUCCGCACAAGUGCAAUGUGUGCGAGCGCGGAUUCAAGACCAUCGCCUCGCUGCAGAACCACUUGAACAUGCACAACGGGGUCAAACCGCACGUGUGCAAGUACUGCAACAGUCCAUUCACCACUUCCGGUGAACUAGUGCGCCACGUGCGCUACAAGCAUACGCACGAGAAGCCGCACAAGUGCACCGAGUGCGACUACGCGUCCGUCGAGCUGUCGAAGCUGCGACGUCACGUGCGUUGCCACACCGGCGAGAGGCCGUACCAGUGUCCGCACUGCACGUACGCGUCGCCGGACACGUUCAAGCUGAAGCGGCACCUGCGCACGCACACCGGCGAGAAGCCGUACAAGUGCGAACACUGCAACAUGUGUUUCACGCAGUCCAACUCGCUGAAAGCGCACAAGCUCAUACACAAUGUAUCGAAGAAGCCAGUGUACGCGUGCGAGCUUUGCCCGGCGAAGUGCGGCCGCAAGACCGACUUGCGCAUCCACGUGCAGAAGCUGCACACGUCCGACAAGCCGCUCAAGUGCAAGCGGUGCGGCAAGUCGUUCCCGGAUAGAUAUUCGUGCAAGGUGCACAACAAGACGCACGAGGGCGAGAAAUGCUUCAAAUGCGAGCUGUGCCCGUACGCGUCGACCACGCUGCGUCACCUCAAGUCGCACAUGCUAAAACAUACCGACGAGAAGCCGUUCGGGUGUGAUCAUUGUGACCAGUCGUUCAGGCAGAAACAAUUGCUCCGGCGCCACCAGAACCUGUACCACAAUCCGGACUACGUGCCAAAGCCGCCGAAGGAGAAGACUCACACGUGCCACGAGUGCAAGCGCACUUUCGCACACAAGGGUAACCUGAUCCGGCAUUUGGCCGUGCACGACCCCGACUCGGGACAUCAAGAGAGAGCGCUCGCGCUUAAGCUCGGACGCGAGAGGAAGAUCAAGUUCCUGGACAGUGAUAUGGUAAAGGACUCACAUUACCGCAUGGAGCGCGACCAGAAUACCGACCUGAUGAAGCUCGGACUUGGCGCGAACCACCUGAAGCGCGGCGAGCUGGUCACUGUGGCUGACAGCGACGGCCAGCAGUACGUGGUGCUCGAGGUGAUCCAGCUGGAGGACGGCACCGAACAGCAGGUGGCCGUCAUGCCGCCGGACUUCCUCGACGAGGACGACGAAGAGGAGGAACAAGAAGAGGAGGAGGAAGAGGAAGAAGAGGUGAGCAAGGAAGAGGAGUUAGCGAAGGUGCUCCAGGAGCAGGCGUCGCAGAAAGCGCACGAGCGCAGCAUCAAGCUCGAGAAGGAUGUGGACUCGUGUUUCGGAUUUGAUGAGGAGGAAGAGGAAGGAGAAGUGGAAGAAGACAGCUUCACCGAUAAGAUGGUACUGCGCCUGGUUUAAACGCUCGGCGAAGUCUCGCACUGGGACACGCACCGCGGCCGCAACUGCGCGGCUCGCGACGCCGCCACGGCGAUGUCAUGUGAACUAUUUGUGUACAAUAGACUCUUCACAAGUCUACGUUGCUUCAACAAUGGUUACGUGCUUUGUGUAAGAUUGUAUUAUAACUGGCAUCUAAAUGCCAAUGCAUGAUGCGUUCUCUCGUCUGUAGAUCUCAUUCGUCGGCCCGUGAAGCCGCCCGAUCACCGCACGUGUUAUUUUAAUGUAUUGAAUGUAGACAGAUUCGUUUACGCUCUUUUCAGUAGUAUAUUAUAGUUGUACUGAGAAGACGUAUACUGUAACAAAAUAUGGUUUAGUGGCUGUUGGUUUUGUUCCACAUGUAUGGAACUCCUCACCCUCGUCAAUAGUGGAUUAUUAAAAUGCAAGGAUCAUUUGACACCGUCAGCAAAACAAAUGUUUGCUCUGAUCCAAAACUGCUAUAUUUAUAGUUAGUGUUGUUAUUAAAAUAAUACGCGUAAUAUUUGAGUUGAAUUUGCUUUUCUUCAAUAUUGAUUUUGAGUUGCUCGAGUUGAUAGAUUCGUCAGUAGAUUAUGAUGGUAUGAUUGCAUGCAAUACUCACAGUCAAAGCUAUGAAUAUAGCAAAAGGUCUGAACAGCUAUCAUCAGCAAAUGCACCAAUUUCAUAAUCCAACUAGUUGCAUUGGGAAAAUUAAGUAUUUAUUGCAUUGGAAUAUGUUUAAUUUUUAUCAUUCAUGCUGUUCAAAAGACCAUGCUGUAGAUAUAGUUGGUGCAACUAUUAGUUCGAGGGUAACCGGCAAGUGAUCUUAAUGUUGUACAUUGGUGUUGUGGCGUCUCGCCGCGUUUUACGGCGCAGAGCAUUAUAUUAUCAUCAUGUAUAUUGUACAAUGUUAUAAUUAAACCAAAAUUCAUUAUUUACACCGCGCGCAAGAACGGCCUAAGUGACAAAUUAUUCAAAAUCUAUAAGAAAAAUAGAAUUUUAUACCUUGAAUAAAUGUAACUCAUGUUAAUAAUAAACCAAUGUACAAAAUAUAAACUUAUAACAAAAUAAGAUAAUUUCAUUAAUGCGUCACCUGGGCCGCUGUUGUUCUCUCGGCGACGUUAUGUUUGAUUUGCUUAUUGCGUUGAAUUAUCAUCAUUUGAUUGUUUUUCUUAAAUAUAACUUUAUGUAUGUGUAAAUAAAUUUAUAAUAAUAUGGACAAGAAUUAUUUUGUUUUCUUUUUUCUUGAAUUGUACAUUUUUUAAAAAAAAUAUUAUACAACUUCCAAUUAUUGCUAUCUGUGUACAAUAAAUAAAAAUAUCAAUUUGAUUAAUACACAUAUACAAUUAAUAAAAGUAAUCUAAUAUGGCGUUAGUCUCGACUCUUACCAUAGGACUCAAAUAAGUUACAUGAACUGGUUUGCGCUAGUUGCGCCUCUGCCUACUUCUUCGGGAAUAAAGGCAUGAGCUUAUGUAUAUUCAUGUAAUUAUUAGAUGGAACAGGUCUUAAAUACUAGUCCGUUCUGAUAAGUAAUUUGGUAUGUAUAUAUCUUGGCGCUUCGACAAUCUUGAUCGAAUUUUAUGUAUACUCGUGAGGUUUAGUAAUAAUAUUGUUUAAUAUAUAAAAAUAUAGUAGAUACCCGUUUUUAUCUGGCUCUUCAUUAUUUUACAGAAAUUGUAUUAUUGUCGAAGCGCCAAUCCAUUUGCGCGCAUACAUGAUUUCAUUCGCGGCACACAACGCAUUUUAUGUGAUUAUGUACUUUAAGUAACAGUGUUGAAGUAACAUAUUGUCUUUAGUUAUCUACUUAAAUAAUAUGUACUGCGCAUAUGUUGAGUCGUUGCGUUUGAGAGACCACACCAUAAGUUAGGCACAAAUAAUUUCCGUUCUCGUCCAUAUUGUUUUGUAAAUUAUUUUCUCUAAUAUUUGUUAGUGUUAAGACAAACGUAAUAUAUCUAGACUAUAGUUCUUAAUUAGAUGUAACUGUAGUUAUAAUACUUACUGACCACCUCUCGGCCUGGUUAAGUUUGGUUUGACCGACUUAGAAUCAAAGGAACAUUUUUUACACUAGUCAGUGACCGCGCACCGGUUGCAUGGGGUUGCUAUGUUAAUCCUCCAGAUUACUCCCACAUUUAUGGCCUGGAUAUGAUGUUUCCGUUAGUAUAAUCAAAAUUUUGGACAAAUAUUUGUUUAAUAUUUAUUAUCCAGAAUCCGUGACUGAUGAUAGUUGGGUGAUGUUUAACCAACUUGUAACCAGCCAAAACUUUCCAUCUGAUAUGACUGUCUUUUAGUGGCUGUAUGAUGAUAAUAAUAAUAGUCAUAAGAUGGGAUUUUUGUAUAGAGAAAGUAGUAACAUUACUCCACACGAUUAGUCAGCACAUUAGUUGGAUAUAAAGCAUAAUAAACACCUAUUGCAUACUCUGUCAGGCACAUUGUGUGGAGAGACGUUUGAGAUAUACUGAAAUAGUGUGAUUUACAUGAUUCUGAUUUAUUGUUACAACUUAUUUUCAGUUACAAACUUCAUAAUUUUCCUGUUAAUAAACAGCCUUUAUCCAAAUGUAAUAAUAUUGUAAAUAUCGAUUCAAUUGGAUAUAGAAAACUAUUUGUUUAGAAUUAUGACAGAAACGCACAUCCGACCAUCGACCAAUGUCAUCCAAAUACUGUGCGGAUUUGGUUAUGUGUAAUAUAGAUGUACUACUAUAAAUAUUGUACUAGCUAAGAUUAGUAGUUCGAUUACAAAACGUAUCACCCAGCCAACGAGUCGUUGAUUGUGGUAUCUUGAUCUGCAAUGUUCGAAAUAUAUUGUCACGGAAUAAUUAGCGAUCAUGGUAAAAAAACCGUCUCAAUAAUUGACAACAUUUCAUUUUUUCAACAUACUCAAAUAUUUUAUGAAACUAGAUCUAAAAUUAUGAGACCCAUAUUUUAGCUUUUUUCAAAACUCAGAUAUUUUCAUUCAUGAUUUUCACUUUGAAUUUUGUUUUAUUCCAAAAACGACGUAAGCACCAAAUGACUUCACAUAUACGGCUCAACCCAGAGUAGAAAAAUUAAGAAACGGUAUUUUUGUUUUAAGCACGUAUACAUUUUGAAAUGUUGUCAAUUGUUCCAGGAACUGAUACCAAGUCGUUUGAAAUCCCACAAAUAAAUGGGACGGCAAUUAGUUCUUAGCAGAUUAUUUCUUUACUACUUCACAUCUAGGCCAGUUAGAAUAAAUAAGUUCAAGAUGCCACUCAACACAAGCGGCUCAUUCGGCUACCGCUGCGACUUAAUGUUUGUACUUCAGACUGGUGAGACUAGUGGUCAGGUAUCGUUAUAUCCACAUUGAUUUUUUUUCGGGUUCGUGUUGCAGUCAUUAUGCGCAUUGUAUUGUUUAAAUGUGCCCCCGCUAAUCAUAAUUGAUAAAUAUGUAAAAUUAUUAGAAUGAGUAAAAGAAGGGAUGCGAUGUCAUAAUGUUCCUACUACUCCAAUUAUGGAUUUGAUUCUGAAAGUUAAAGCAUGUUGCUUGCUUGAGUGAAAUUUAAAUAUUGUAUAAACACUACCCGAUAAUGAUUGUUCUUGUCAUCAUGAGGAGCAUGGGGGACAUAUCUUAACUUGUUUUCAACAUAUAAUAAACAGCGCUGUCGUAGUAUAACUAUUAAACUUAUAUUAUCAUAAUAUAAUAACUAGGAAAUAACCUAGAAAUGUGAUAUAAGUACUAUAUUUUUCAUUUUAUGAAUUUGACAAAAAAGUGUGUUUCAUCAACUUCCUAAAGUCCUAUAAGGUCCUUAAUCAUUAAAAUAAAAAAAAUAACAGCUGAUAGUAUCAGCGAAUGUAGACGUGACACUCGUAUUAUCAGACCUAUAUUUUAGGUAAAGCUGUACCAAAUUAAAUAAUUGAUUUCGGCAAAUUGAGGCAUCGAUUCUUUAUAUAUCAUGUGAGAAUAGACUGUGGUUUGGGCAUAUUUAAGCAUUAGUCUGGUCGUGUAUGUCGGGUUUUGCGUAGUUGAUUGAUUUUUUCACCAAUAAAUAAUCAGCCUUAGUAAACGUUGUAUUCGUCCAAGUCCAAUUUGUUGUGAUUGACCGUAUAAUUUUUACCACAAUUCUGCCAAUAUUAAGUUGGAAAAGCAGAAGGCACACAUGCUAUAUACAGGGUCAUUUUGACAUUGCGUUAUUAAAUGAAACCACAUACUAUCUACUUGGAAAUAACACUUUACAAUAAGUUUCUUGAGCUGUAGAUGUAAAAUAAAAAAGUGUAAGUUUCGAACAAAAUAAAUAGUUAUCAAGUCAUUUUUAUUUUACGCGCCCGAAUGCCACUACUACUACUGUAAAAGAAUUCAUCGCAGCAGCAACGUCGAUACUUUCAUUCAGAAAUACCCUCCCGCACACGCCAUAUUCUUUUUAAAUGGCAAAAUAGUCUUAAAAUCAGAAACCUAAAACCAGGAUUAUUGGUGAAAAUAUUCGUCGUUAAGGAUGAUUUUUGGCACAAUGUCCGCAAAAGUGAAGACGAGUGUGUGGAUUCAUUUAGUAACGCAAUGUCACAAUGAUCUUGUAUAUGUAUGAAUAUUUAAAAAAAAUGUAUACGCCUAUAAUAGUUAUACAGUGUUUUGUCUUGUUAUGUUGAGUGACAUUUACCGUCAGAGGAAGCGAGAGAGAACAUAGUGUAACUAUGACAGACGCAUAUAGCGUUUAUUAGUAAGGCCCUUAUAAUGUACAGUAGCUGCCAUCAGGCCACCUUGAAUCACUAGUGUCCCAACCAUUCUUAUAGCUAGGAUCUAUGAUUAAAUUAUGGAUGUUAAUAGUAAUUCAUUGUAUAUGGAUACCGAGUAUGUGAAGGGACGUGCGUAAACUGCCAGCGCUAACAUGCUUAUAUAUAAAGCAUUUUAUAAUAUAUAAAAUAAGUAGACUGGACUAAAUAUUAAUUUGUAUCUUUAAUAAAUUAAAAAUAUAUUUUUUGCAUGUGAAGCAAGACGAUACGUAAUGUUCAUCGCUGUGAUAUGGAGGAUGUCAUAACAGUUCCUAUAUCGCCAUUCUUGUCUCUGAAUGUCCAAUGAUUGCGGUGUAGAUCCUCCCCGGAGCAAACUGCUUUGAGCAUUUGUCCAAUGCAUUUACGGCGCAGUUACGGGCGGGAAUAUGAGAAGAUUUACUAUUAAUUGCUUUAUAAACAAAAUGUAGGACUUUUUAAAAUAAUUCCUUAUUGAAUCGUCAAUCUAAGACUGUUGAUUGCAAAAUAUUAAUAUGAUGUGUACAGGAGAUGCAUGGAAUCAUCAAUAAUGGCAUGUUCAUCAUAAAAUUAAUGAAAUAAUAUACACAUUAUACAAAAAAAUUAAGCUACAAAAUAAAGAUAACGUUUUGUAGAAACAGAAUUUUCUUUUUGUCUAUAUGUAUCAUAGAUUUCUAAUAGGAUAGCUUCUAAAAAUAUGGUAAGCGCGCUGUUUUGAUAGGACAGUGUCUUUGGGAUUUAUUUAUUCUCUCGUGGAUUAUCUCUGCCAAUAUACUGUAAUCACUCCUGAACGAAGAUAUCUCAAUGUAAGCAUUUAACUUCUAAAUAUAUAGUCUUACUUAUAAAAAAAUUCGCAGAGCUACACUUAGUUAAAACACAAAUUUACUCGAUCAGCUGAAGUCAAAACCAUCUUGCCUCUUAGUAGGUUUAAACUUAAACUAGGAACUGGUGAUGUUUUUGAAAGCUAUUUAAGAAAUUCUUAACCUCUUAACACAAAAAAAAGUUUAUAAGUAAGACUAUAAGUAGUCAAUAAUGAAAUAUAUGUUGGCGAUAAGAAUCAGUUUACGCCCGAACCUGUUAAAAUGAUGGCUAAACUCUUUUGGGAAUGGUGGCGGAAACUCGGGCCACUGCCUUAUGGUGGUUCUUUAAUUUAUCCUUCAUAAGGCUUUCAUAUCGUAUUCACUACUAUUGUGACAAUAUUAAUUUAUGUUCAACUUAGACAAAAUAUUUAAAAUAAUUCUGGGGGUAGUUUUAGUUGAAGAGCUGACGGAUAUUUUUGGGAAGGUGUUUUACGUAAUGUUUAACAUUGUUAAAAGCUUUUACUAGUUAUACCUGAAUACCAUGAUGCAAACCUGACUGAAGAAUUGCAGGUGUUAAGCUAGCCUUAUAUUUUAAUAAUGUUAUUUUUUAUCAAAGUGUGGAAAGAUGAAAACCCUUUGCCAGGUGUUAGCAGUUAUAUAUAAAAAAAUGAGCUCUUACCUUUAGUUUUCUGUAUGUUAUUAAAAUUAGGAAACUUGCAAGUACCUGGCGAAGGAUGCGACCCGUUUAAAUAUCGUUCGUUUUCAACUUUCAAAUCGUUAAAUAUUAAAUUAUAAGAUAAUCAAAUUUCAAAAUAUGCCAAGAAACAUUUUUGCAAAACAAAAUACCUAUAUAAAAGAAAAUUAAGGCUCAAACCUGAAACCCUUCAGCCAGGAAUGCAUUAUCGUAUUCAGGUAUAACUAGUAGAAAUUUUGAUCAAACACCUUCCCCAAAAUGUAUCAAAUCUACUAUUUAGCAGUGCCUCGAGUUCUGUUCAUGUUGAUUGCUAUUGAUAUUAAAUGUAUGUUAUGUCAGUCAUGUAUUUUGAUUGGUCGAUUAAAUCAAAUCAAAUACA